AUGACGCCCGCACCAGCCCUCCACAUCGAUCCUGACAGCUUCGAACACAAGUUCGCAAUGACCUGCGGGCACAGAUACCAUUAUGUCGAGGAGGGUGAUCCCAAAGGUGAACCCCUGCUUCUAGUUCACGGAUUCCCAGAUAUCUGGUACGGAUGGAGACAUCAGAUCAAGUAUUUGGCGAACCUCGGAUAUCGUGUCAUCGUCCCUGACUGCCUGGGCUACGGCCAGACUGAUUCACCUAUGGAGUUAGAAAAGUACGGUCUGAAGAGCCUUUGCACCCAGCUCGCCGGUCUCCUUGACUCGUUGAACAUCUCCAAAGUCACUCUUAUCGGACAUGAUUGGGGCGGGGCCACGGUCUGGAGAUUCGGUCUUUACUACCCCAAUCGAGUCCACGGAAUUAUCAGUAUCUGUACCCCGUACAACCCUCCUGCAACUCGUUACCGCUCCCUGGAAGAGAUUGUGAAGUUGGUACCCGAAUUCGAGUAUCAGCUGGAGUUUGCUGAUCCAGCGACGGCGGCCAAAUUGGAUCGCAAGCCCCACAAAAUGUUACUUAAUGUCCUUAGUCAGGGAAAUAUGCACGAGAAGGAUUACGAGUACAUCAUCGACCAGUACAAGUUGUCUGGCUUCCGAGGACCCCUGAACUAUUACAAAACAACCAGGGUUAAUUUUGAGGAUGAGGUUGGCCUCCGCAAGAACAUCGAUCUACCCUGCUGGUUGAUUCAGGCCAUGGGCGAUCCUUAUCUGAGGCCUCAUUUAGCCAAGAAGAUGAAAGAGCAUAUGCCCCAGCUCAAGGUAACCGAGAUCGACGCCGGACACUUUGUUAUGACCGAGAAGCCGGACGAGGUCAAUGCUGCACUCAAGACGUGUCUGGAGGAUCUGGCUCUGAGGAGAAGCAAGGCGUCAUUGUAA